UCAGCGCGGGCUUUGUGCCAUGGAGUCUGCCCUUCUGCUCCUUUCGCUUUUGCUGGUGGCUGCCUAUUUGAGAGGUGGAAGCUCCCAGCAUGAGUGGAUGCAAAGCCCUCCCGCACCUUCCGUGACCUCAGUACCUUUCUUGGUGCGUCUUAGUCCGGAGCUGGAGGCUGUGCCUCCCGGGGGCUCAGUGUGGCUUAACUGCAGCCACAACUGCCCCCUGCCGGUGCAUUCCAGCCUGCGCACUCAACUGCGGCAGGGAAAGAUAGUCAAUGGAUCCGGCUGGGUAUCUUACCAGCUACUGGAUGUGAGGGCCUGGAAUUCCAAGGUGCGCUGCGUCGUCACUUGCGCAGGAGAAACCCGAGAGGCCACCGCCAGGAUCACUGCUUUCAAACGGCCCAGAAGUGUGAUCUUGGAGCCUCCAGUCCUAGUGGGCCACAAGUACACUCUGAGAUGCUAUGUGACACACGUGUUCCCAGUGGGGUUCUUGGUGGUGAGCCUGAGGAAAGGUGGCCGGGUGGUUUAUCAUGAAAGUCUGCAGCGCUUCACCGGCUCAGAUUUGGCUAAUGUCACGUUGACCUACGUGAUGCGGGCCGGACUCAACGACCUCUGGCAACCACUCACCUGCCACGCGCGCCUCAAUCUCGACGGGCUAGUGGUGCGCAGCAGCUCAGCACCUGUUAUGCUGACGGUCCUCGCUUUAAGCCCAGCCUCCAUAUCCUUGGCCUCUAUCUCCAUCGCAACCCUGGUGGGGAUCUUCCUGGCUGUGGGGGCUGUCUACGUGCGCAAGUACCUGGCCGUGCAGACUCAAUUAUAGAUCGGUUUUCGAUGCCUGACAAGAGGGAGAG